UGGCCGAGUAUCCGUGCUCGCCGUCACACGUGCACGCCGCGGGUGAAAUGUUAUGGUGAAGUGAAGUGGUUGUUAAUACAUGCACCCGAGUGUGUCCCGCGGCUUCGAACUGGAUCAUCCGGGAGGAUUUGCGUCCUCGCCCUGGGCGGCAGUUCUGGGCCAUCAUCACUCGGCGGCCGCUGCGGCAGCCGCGGCUGCCGCCGGCGGAAUGAUGCAAACUACCGAACACCAUGGAUAUGGAACGGCGCAUCACCCUGCAGCCCCCAUGGACCUGCAUAUGCCCCAAGCGUUUCCUUAUUACCGGUAUCGAGAAGAUACGCUCUGCUGGACGGAGCGGAAGCCAACGGUCGAUGAAGUGGGUAAUCCAACCUCCGUGAAUGCUCGGAAAAAGAGCGCUGCCAAAAGCGACAAGUUUUUCGUACGCAUUAGUAUGAAAACUGGUAUCGGCGAGGAUUCCGAGCAGUUAUCGAGAUCCGUAUCUGUAUUCGCUACACAUGAUAUCCAGUACGUAGGUCAGGGCCGGUUUGUCCAUCCUGCAUGCAGAGCAGGCGCGCCCUUAACGGGACCACCUGCGUCUCCUAGUUGUCACAACUGGUUCUAUCAUCAUGUCCGGGGCUACCGGUAG